AUGUACACAGCAUCUUUUGCGUUCUUCGAGGCGCUUUGGGACGCCGGCGUAACCCACGUCUUCGUCAAUCUCGGCUCCGACCACCCCUCCAUAAUCGAAGCCAUAGUAAAAGGGCAAAAUGAAAAGCCCGACCAGUUCCCACGCAUAAUAACAUGUCCGAACGAAAUGGUCGCCUUGUCAAUGGCCGACGGCUACGCUCGUCUCACGAACAAACCCCAAGCUGUCAUCGUCCAUGUCGACGUCGGGACGCAAGGGCUGGGAGCAGCGGUCCACAAUGCUUCUUGUGGACGAGCUCCAGUCCUCAUAUUUGCGGGCUUGUCGCCAUAUACGAUUGAGGGCGAGUAUAGGGGCAGUAGGACGGAGUACAUCCAUUGGAUUCAGGAUGUUCCGGAUCAGAAACAGAUUGUGGCGCAGUAUUGUCGGUAUGUUGGGGAGAUCAAGCGAGGACGGAAUGUUAAGCAGUUGGUCAAUCGGGCAUUGAGUUUUGCUACAUCGGAGCCGAGGGGACCGGUAUAUCUCUGCGGUGCUAGAGAGGCGAUGGAGGAGGAGAUUGAGCCUUAUGCGCUUGAUCAAAACCACUGGAAUCCUGUGGAACUGGGAGGCUUGAAUGCUAAGCAGUUGAAUUUCGUGGCGGAUACACUAGUCAACGCUGAAGCACCGCUCGUGAUCACAGGUUACUCAGGACGAAACCACGACGCCGUCCACGCCCUCGUCGAACUAGCAGAUACCGUCAAAGGCCUCCGCGUGCUCGACACAGGCGGCAGCGAUAUGUGUUUCCCAGCCGACCAUCCGGCAUGGCUCGGCCUUCGAUACGGCGUAGAAGAGAACAUCAAGUCUGCGGACGUCAUCCUGCUCCUCGACGUCGACGUGCCAUACAUCCCCACCCAAUGCAAACCCAACCCCAAAGCAAAGAUAAUCCACAUCGACGUCGACCCGCUCAAACAACAAAUGCCCGUCUUCUACGUCAACGCCGUCGCACGUUACCGCUGCGAUGCCGAGACCUCCCUCCGCCAAAUCUCCGGCCUUGUCAAAUCCACCAUGCACGACCGUAUCAGCAGCCAAACCUUCACAGACCGCUUCACCAAGCUCCAGAAAUCUCACAAGGAAAAACUUAACACCAUCGCUUCCUUGGCCAAAGCCGCCGACGACGGCACAUACGGUUGCUCCUACCUCAUAUCUCAAGUCCGCAAAGCAGUACCGAAGGAUACCAUCUUCGCCAUCGAAGCGGUGACUAACACGGGUUUUGUCGCGGAUCAAAUCCAAGCCACUAUCCCCGGAACCUGGAUCAACUGCGGCGGCGGCGGACUAGGCUGGUCUGGCGGCGGAGCACUAGGGAUCAAGCUCGCGAGCGAUCAUGAAGCUGGCGGGAAAAACAAGGGGAAAUUCGUCUGCCAGAUUGUCGGGGAUGGGACAUAUCUCUUCUCCGUCCCGGGCUCGGUAUAUUGGAUCGCGCAGCGCUAUGGGAUCCCCGUCCUCGUCAUCGUACUCAAUAACCAAGGCUGGAACGCCCCGAGGAAGUCUCUCCAGCUUGUGCACCCGGAGGGUCUGGGCAGUAAAGUCGAUAAUCGCGCGCUGAAUAUUUCUUUCGCACCUACGCCGGAUUAUUCGGGGAUUGCGAAGGCGGCGGCGGGGGGGGAGGCGUGGGCGGGCGUGGCGGGGACGGUGGAGGAGCUGGAGAGGUUGCUUCCGGAGGCUGUGGAGGCCGUGAAGGGGGGGAAGUGUGCGAUAUUGGAUGCGCAUUUGGAUGGGCCGCAGGGGAAGUAUGGGGGCGGGAAGGCCGUGCUUGUUGGGUGA